GUCCUUCGCGCCUUCAUCACAGUAUCUUUGGCCCGAUCAGGAUCUGUCAGCAUUGUGCCUGAGGCUACAAAUCGCAUUUCAGCACGGUCGCUCCGCUCCACAAUAGCUUCUAGGUAGCUUCUUCGAACGACACACACUUCACCAUGGCCCUUUUCUUACCCGGUGAACCUCGCGAACAGGAUCGCUGCAUUCUCCCACCCGGCACCUUGUCCCUUUCUCAGUAUUCUCCGGCCCACGGUACUGUUGCCCCAUCUCCCCUUAUCCGAUUUCGCGAUCGUCCGCGUCGGGCCGCUACCCGCUGGGUUCCAUCGUUCGGUGAGAGAUGCAGACUUCAAGAGGGGACCUGGAUUCAUCUGAUCAUCUGAGAAAUCAACCAAAUCAUUAACAGGGCCUCUUGCCGCGAUAAUUCCCCAGAUACUCGACUCUGGAAUUCAAGUUUGGGACAAAGGGGUAGUCAGACGGAUACAAGAGAAUUUGGGUCACGGUGUCUUGCCCACUAACGAUCAACACUGGGACAACAGUCCUGCGUUUUGACUCCGUAUGUACGUUUGCCCGCCAUUGGAGGUAUCACAGAUGCUGGAAGCCCGCGCAUUCAGCCGCCUCUUUUUGCACCUUGAGCAGUACUUUGUCUGGUCCUUUCUUCCGAAAACCGGGCCAAGUCCAUUUGUCCGCCUCUCAUCAAAGAACCAUCGCUCUCAUUCUUUUCCACUACCAGUUCUGAAUCCCUUUUCUUGUCCUGCGCCAAGACUUAUUUGACCAUGGAGCACAAUGCAAGAGCUCCCAGGCGGAGAGGGCGCCCGAGAAAACGACCUUGUAUGGGAAGGCGCUGGACUCCUGAGGAAUGGCAGCGGCUGGUCCAGUUAAAGAGAGAACAUAGUGACCUUGAUUGGAUUCAGCUUCAAAACUUGGGGCUCUUUUCAGAUAGGACUGCGAGCGCCCUCCAAGCAGCAUACGAGCUUACCACAACCCACCUUGGGAUGCUCUAUGGCCUUGACCAAUCCGAUGACACCUCUUCAACACAGAGGGCUACCGGAACCCACGUUGCGAGGCACAAUGGCCUUGAUCAGCCCGAUCCCACAUUUCCAGCACAGAGGGCUACCACACCUCACGUUGCGAGACACAAUGACCUAGACCAGCCCGAUCCUACGUUUUCAUCACGGAGGUCUACCAGAACCCACGUUGCGAGGCACAAUGGCCUCGACCAACCUGAUCCUACAAUCUCAUUCUUCGAGUCACUUGAUGAGAUUGAACGCCUGCGGGGACAGCUUCACCGAGAAGGGGAGGACAAGAACGAAGACGAGACAGGCGAUGAAGAAGAAACACACGACGCCGAGCCCUCCUACCGAGAUACGAGCGGUCGUGGCAGGCCAGGAAGCGAAGAGGACAAUCCAAUUUCAAUCGACUCCGACGAUGAGACGCAGCCAAUCGACGUGAACCAGGCAUGUCCCUCCCCGAACAACACAAGCCCGACACCCGACGUACCUGCCCAAAUUCCAGCGUCAUCUGGUCCCCUAUCAGAUGGUCCGGGCACCGCCGAAUCGGCGGGUUCACCGACCCCGCCAACUUUCCAAGACGACGGCACUUCGGGUGAAUCAGACGACCCGCGAGUGAAUAUGGGUAACUUAUUCCCGCGGGUCAUUGAGUUGGUUCGGGAUGCUCUUAAUUGGGACAAGCACUUGAAAAGCUUCCAGGCCAUGCAAGCGCGACAAGAACAGGGUAUCUUGUUGUUGAAGGAAGAACUUUCCCAAAAGGACCAGGAGAUUGCUCGAUUGAGGCAGAACGAAGCGCUGUAUAUGAGAAAGGAUGCAAUGAUGGAAAGCUUCCGGGCCAUUGAAGCACGGCAAGAGGGGGACGCCUCGUUGUUGAAAGCAGAGCUUGCUCAAAGAGACCAGGAGAUUGAUCGAUUGAGCCAAGAAAUUGUUCAAUUGAAGCAGAACAAGGUGCUCUAUAUGAAAAAGGAUACAGUGUUGGAAAGCCUCAUGGCCAUGGAAGCUCGUCACGAUGGGGACAUCUCGUCAUUGAAGGAAAGGCUUGCUCAAAGGGACCAAGAGAAUACUCAGUUGGGUCAGGAGAUUGCUCAAUUAAAGCAGAACGAGGCGCUGUAUAUGAGACACGGUGCAGUGGAUGAAGUACCAAGUUUGGAGAGCUUUCUGGCCUUGGAAAAGCGGCAAGGGGAGGACAUCUCGUUGCUGAAAGAACAACUUGCUCAAACCAACCAAAAGCUUGCUCAAACAAACCAGGAGACCUCUCAAACGAACCAAGAACUUGCUCGAAAAAGCCAGCAGAUUGAUCAAUUGAAGCAGAACGAAGCGCAGUACAUGAGAAAGGAUGCACUCGACGAAUUACCAAGUUCGGAGAGAUUCCUGGUCAUGGAAGCACGGCAAGAGGAGGACAUCUCCUUCGUUAGAAAGGGGCUUGCUCAAAAUAGCCAGGAGAUUACUCAAUUGAAGCAGAACGAGAUGCUGUAUAUGAGAAGGGAUGCAGUGGAUGGUGUGCCGAGUUCGUCCCACAAUUCGCAUGCCCUGGAGACCAUGCUCAGGCACGUUAUGGACCGCUUGGACGCUGUCGAGCAAAAGUAUCCGACCCUGCCAAAGGAGGCGCAGGCUAUGACAAGGGGGGCAGUAAAGGAAAAGCCAAACUCGUCCAUAAAUGUAGAGUUGCUUCAGGCAUUGGUCAAAAAUGCUCAGCGGCGGUUGGAGGUUGUCGAGGACAGGUAUGCGAUUCUGCAGAACGAGUUCGUGGCGCUACAAAGCUCGCUUGGAAACCUAGAGGCGGACAGAGCAAUGGUUGGAAUCCCUGACAACGUAUCGCGGCGUUUGGAAGUUGUCGAGGCAAGGUAUGCGACCCUGGAGAACGAGUUCGCGCAGCUACGAGGCGCUCUUGGAAACCCAGAAGCGGGUAAAGCAAUGGGGAUCCCUCACCAAAACCUCCAAGAACCCCGAGGACACCCUUACAGGGCCCAUAAUCAUGUUCAAAGCGAGUACAGUCACUUGAACAAGUAAUCAACUUAAAGCUUUCCAGCUACUGAUGUACUCCGACAGUUUCAACCAUAUAUAAUCUUUUUCUUCUUCGUAGUGCCUACUAUGACUUUCAAUAACUUUCUAUCAACU